AUGGGCUUUCAGGGGUGGCUCUUUUGGGCCUUGCUGGGCUAUUUCAGCUGCUGUUGUCCUGCUGGAGUGGAGGCGCAGUUCCCCCGUGUCUGUAUGACAGUGGAGGCCCUUCGGUUGAAGCGAUGCUGCCCGGUGUUGGGGUUAGAGCCAGGCAAUGAGUGUGGGAUCCUGCAGGGCAAGGGGCAGUGUCAGGUGGUGCAUGUGGAUGCUCAGCCUUGGAGUGGCCCCUAUACUCUUCGAAAUGUGGACGACCGGGAACGAUGGCCCCUCAAGUUCUUCAAUCAAAGCUGUCAAUGCACAGGGAACUUUGCUGGCUAUAACUGCGGUGACUGCAAGUUUGGCUGGACUGGCGCUGACUGCAAUGAGAGGAAGCCACCAGUUGUCAGGAAGAACAUCCAUUCCUUGACUGCAGAAGAGAGAGAACAGUUCUUUGAUGCAUUACACCGUGCGAAGACUACCAUUCAUCCAGACUAUGUAAUUGCAACUCAACACUGGUUGAGUCUACUUGGUCCCACUGGAAAUGAACCACAAAUAGCAAACUGUAGUAUCUAUAACUACUUUGUUUGGCUUCAUUACUACUCAGUCAGAGACACACUAUUAGGACCUGGCCGCCCUUUCACAGCUAUUGAUUUCUCACACCAAGGACCUGCCUUUGUUACUUGGCAUAGGUACCAUUUGCUCUUGCUGGAAAGAGAUCUACAGCGACUGAUUGGCAAUGAGUCCUUUGCAUUGCCCUACUGGAAUUUUGCCACAGGUAGAAACGAGUGUGAUGUGUGCACAGAUGAGCUCUUCGGAGCAUCUCGGCCAGAUGACCCAAGUCUAAUCAGCAUGGACUCCAGAUUCUCCCUCUGGCAAACAGUUUGUAGUAGUUUGGAUGAUUACAACCGCCUGGUCACUCUGUGCAAUGGGACGGAAGAAGGGCCGCUGUGGAGGGGGCCGUGGCGGAGCUCCGGCCGGCAGCUACCUACCCUGGAGGACGUCAGGAACUGCCUUUCCCUGCAAGAGUUUGACAGCCCGCCCUUUUUUCGUAAUUCCAGUUUCAGUUUCAGGAAUGCGCUGGAAGGGUUCAAUAAACCAGAUGGUACCUUGAACUCGUCAAUGCUGAGCCUUCACAAUUUGGCUCAUUCUUUUCUGAAUGGGACCAGUGUUCUCCCUCAUGCAGCCGCCAAUGAUCCCAUCUUUGUGGUUCUUCACUCCUUUACUGAUGCCAUCUUUGAUGAAUGGAUGAAACGGUUUAGCCCUCCUGACAAUGUGUGGCCUGAGGAGUUGGCCCCAAUUGGUCACAACAGACUGUAUAAUAUGGUCCCUUUUUUCCCUCCUGUGACCAAUGACCAACUCUUCCUCACUGCGGAGCAGCUUGGCUACACCUAUGCCAUCAACCUACCAGAUUCACUUGAAGAAACUCAAGGCUGGACUAUCAUGGUUGGAGCCACACUUGGAGGAGCACUUAUAGCUCUGGUCCUGCUAGUUCUACUGCUUGUCCUUUUACAACACCGAAGACAGAGGAAAGGUUUUGAACCACUGAUGAAUGUGAGCUUCAGUCCAAAAAAGUACAUGGAAGAGGCUUAG